UUUGGAACGCGCGCCUCCCUGGCGCAGCGCACUCAUCAUCUACCCCCCAUUCCUCGCAUUACCAAUCCACCGCAUCGAACCCCGAAUCGCUCGCUCCCUUGCUCGCUUUAUCAAUGGCUGAUUAGUGCCGAAGCGAAGACGCGACACCAUUCAACUCCGGCCUUACUCCGGCCUCCCCUCCAAGGCUCGAACGAAGGUUCUGCUUGCCUAUCUAUGUUAUCCAUUACAGCUUGGGUACAAUGAGUAGUGCAAGAGUUCCAGGAAGGUUAGAUUACCUUAAUUCACAGGAGCCUGGUGAUGAAUCACAGGCCACUGCUAUUGACACUGUGGAAAGACUGCUAGUAGAAGAUGAUAUAGAAACUUCUCAGAAAACAAGCACUGACCCGAUUAGUGGGAUAAAGCCAGCUUCUAUAUUAGGCACAAAAGUGGCUCAGUGCCUGGCCCAAAGGGCUGAGUACAAUAGCCCUCUCCAAAAGUCAGGUAUUUUUGACUGGGCUGAUAAUCCAAAUAAUGAUGAAUGCACAGCCAUUAUGAUUUCCAGGAAAAAACAAAGGAUCCAUGCUAACACUCAAGUGAAGCAUUUGGCCUCCCAGAGAUACUGUGGCAAUGGAUCAAGUACCAGGGCUGGGUUCAUAUCAGAUUGUAUUGGUGGUGUCUCAGGCGUGGAUUCUUUCAAGAAGCCAGAACCUGUUGGUUCUACAGAUGAUUUAUAUGAAGCAUAUGAUAUUGGGCCAUGUACUCAGAUGGCAGCUGAAGCCAUGGAAGCAUUGUCCAAUGCAUCAACUGUCAAUUAUGUUGUCAGGGAUGAGGCACAUCCUGAAAGUUCUAUUCUCGGAACAAAUUUGGGAAAAGAAAGCAAAGCUGAUAAGAUAUGUUCAGUUGAAUCGCAAAUUCAAAAGCGAAUCGUUGGAAGUUCAAGCUCUUUGAAAAAGCAUCCCAGAAAGUCAAAAAACAUGAAGAACCCAAAACAAAUGGCAGGGAAAGCAAAAGGAAAUGUGGACUGUGGCAGCAUUCAAGGAGCCAUAAAUCAUGAGGUGUCAGAAAGAACCAAGGGAUCUGGUGCAAGUGAUUCAAAUAUUCUAGGUUCUCAUGCUGUAAUCCACCCUAGAGGGAAGAGGACCUAUAUGUUUAUCUCAAGAAGCUCGAAAGUUCAAUUCAAUAAAGUUGGCAGCUCAACUACAUUUACAUCCAAAAGUACAGAAGUAGCAGACUCAUCGACAGCAAAACCAGUUAGCACAUGUGGCCUUGAUUUCAACAAGCAUGCCAGAGUGGAAAAACAAUCCACAUCUGCACAAGAAGGUCAUAACUCUAGCUUGACAAGCAGGGUACCACUGAGAGAGAUAAAUAGCACAGGCCCCCAGUCUAGGACACAGAUGUCAAAGAAACCACCGAAGAGAGGCCUUCUGAAAUCACCAAAUUCCAGAGAACUUGCCAGUCUGUUCAGAAAUGAAGCAUCUCCAGUUUUACAAUCAAGCAGGCGAAGAAGAAAUAUGUCCAAAGUCCGUGUUCUGUUCAGCCAAAGCAUGGACAAGGAAACCAUCAAAAUGCAAACGAAGAUACUGAUAUACUUUGGAGUACCUGCAGCGACAACUAUUAGAGAGGCUACACACUUUGUUGCUGAAAAGUUUGCCCGUACAAGGAACAUGCUGGAAGCAAUAGCUAUGGGGAUACCUAUAGUCACACCAUCAUGGCUUCAAUGCUGUGGAGAAGCAAGGUGCUUCAUUGAUGAAAAGAAAUACAUUAUGAGGGAUAUGAAGAAGGAAAAGGAACUAGGCUUUAGCAUGCCUGUCUCACUAGGCAGAGCCUGUGAAAAACCAUUGCUUGAGGGUAGAAGAGUACUGGUCACACCAAAUGCCAAGCCUAGCAAGGAGCUCCUGAAAAGUUUAGUAGUGGCAGCUCGUGGUCAGCCAUCAGAGAGAAUCACAGCCUCUACAAUGAAGAACAAGAAUUUUGAGGGGGCUUUUGUCAUCUCUUGUGAACAAGACCACAGUGUCUGUAUGCCAUUAAUUAAGAGUGGUCUCCAAGUGUUUGACUCGGAGCUUCUGCUGAACGGUAUCGUCACUCAGAAGCUAGAGUUUGACAGGUUUCGCCUUUUCCAUUAAAAAACAACCAUUUGAGCAAGAUCUGAAUAGUUUUGGUACUGCGCAAGGCAAACAGAGCACCUGUGUACAUAUGCAUCCUUUUCUUUCUCCAGCUAAUCUUAUAUAUGAUCCCUUGCGCACUCUUUCCUGUGUUUAUCGUUGGAGCCUCUGGCCCUUACCAUGACCCCGUGCUCUCGAUUGGCUCAUGGCACACACACCAUGUGCGAUUUUGGAGUUCUUUUAUGGCUCUGCAUGUUAGCCUAUGGUACUAUGUAGUUACGACUGGAUACAUGAUUUAUCAGUGUCAUUCUGCCCUCGAGUCUAUUCAGAAUUGUCGUAGAACCAAUCAAGUUGGGUGGCAUUGUCAUGAGAGAGCAGUAUGCAUGUAAGGAUUGGAAUUGCAGUCCAUGUGAUCAGCUCAUGGUGUCUCUG